GCCCCUUCCGCCGGCGCCCGCCCAUUGGCGACUGGGCAACGCCCCUCCUUAUGAAACACAUUUUUCUGUUGGGCAAAGACACAAAACGCCGUAGCAGGAUUGGCUGUUGUAUAUGUGACUAUUCUCAUUGGCUGCCUUCUGUUCUCCUCUUUCAAGUUCAUACUUGGGGAACCGUCUACGAUUGGACUACUCGGAAGCAGCAGCAGCCAAUGGCAUAAGAGCUUCCACCGCCGGCCUAGGCUACGUGACACACCCUCUUUUCUCUCCGGCUUCCCCGCCCCUUCUCGCCCGCCUUCCCUUAUUCAUACAAGAAGCGCCUCUGUUCCGAUUGGCCAGGAGGUGAUGCGCUCUCAGCCAAUCGUAAUCCAGGCUGCGCUUGGAUCCUUUCAGGACGACAAACCUUGUAGAGACCACGUCUACGAUUGGUCGCUCCUCGGCAAGGAUUUAAUUUUGAAAUUUUCUUUAUGGUGUGGAAGAGGCUCCAGCCCGAACUUCAUCUAAUCUUCAGGCUUUUAGACUAAAAUCAUGCCCAAGUUCAAACAGCGAAGAAGAAAGCUAAGAGCCAGAGCCAAACGCUUAUUUAAGAAGAAAGAAGCCUCUCGGGUCCAGCCUAAGCUAUCGACACCUCCCCCUCCACCUCCACCACCCACACCAGAAAGAGUGGCUACUUCUUCAACAGAUACACCCCAUAGCAGAAGCUGGCUAAGACGACCUUGGAACUUCAGAUUUCCCAGCAUCAAAGAUGCAGCGAACCUUUGGACGCACAGAGCAUGGUGCAUAUACAGUUGCUGUCAGGCCUGUGUAGCCCAGAGUUUCGAAGUACUGAAAGAUGCCAUCUUCCCUUCCCGAGUCUACCACAGAGAACUUCACAGUCUGAAACAACAAGUUUGUGUUUUGAAAAGUGAAUUAUGCAAGCUCCAAGAAACACUGAAGACCAUCUCAGAAAAUUCUUCUUAUUCAAGCUGUUGUCAUAAGUGUUGUGUGAGUGAUAAACUCACAAACGUGCCUGCCUGUGCUCCCACAACCCAUGGAGAAUCCAGAACUGCACUUCCUCCCACACUGCCACAGCCAGCCAGUCAUCCUCCCCCUCCCCCUCCCCCUCCUCCUCCCCUUCCUCCACCUCCACCACCCCUAGCACCUUUGCUGCUCAGAAAAUCUGGUACAGCUAAAGCACUUCAGACUGAACCAUUAAAGAAAGAUGGACCUAUGCAUAUAACUGUUAAAGAUCUACUCACUGUAAAACUAAAAAAGACACAGAGUAUUGAAGAAAGGAAGAAGUUAAAGCUUCUACCAUCACCACCAGAGGAACGAAAUCCACUAGUUACUAUCUCUGACCUGCAACGUGUUACUCUGAAACCCAACUCCAGGGUGUUAGCCACACGAGUUAAAAAUGUCUUAAUUAAUCCUGGUAAAAGCCAGAUAGAUCUGCGGAAACUGCUGAGAAAGGUCGAUGUAGACAGGAGCCCAGGUGGGACCCCUCUCGUCAAUAAAGAAAAUAUGGAAACAGGAACUGGACUGACUCCAGUCAUGACUCGGGCCUUAAGGAGAAAGUUUCUGCUGGCUCAUCCUCAAAGCCCUACUCAGCCCCUGCCACUUCCUACAAGCAGCUUUGAUGACCAAAACUGAGGCCAACUCCGCCUGACUCCAUGGAGAGCUCCAGACAAUGACAGCUCAAACCCCCUAAAUUUUCAUGUACUAAAAUAUGUAUAGCUCUACGAAUGUAAUUCUGCUUGAAGAAUCAGAGUGAGUAUGUAUGGAGCCUACACAUACUGUGGCAAACAGAGAGCAUUUAGAUGCUUUCUGGUGGUCGUGAUGGUAAGGGGACCCGAUGGGAAGGUGCAAUCUGCAAUGUAAUGUGUAUCCUGGAAUUACCCAGUUUAGGUUAAAGUGGCUGUUCAGAUUUAAUUCCAUAGGGACUGGUGAUGUGGUUCAAUGGGUAAAGGCACUUGCCCCCAAGCCAAAUGACCCAAGUUCAGUGCCCAGGACCCAAAUGGAGGGAAGGAAGAACUGACUCCCACAGGUUGUCCUCUGACCUCCACAUGUACACUAUUAUA